AUGAUGCGCACCCUUCGCCUGUCACAACAGCCACUCGAUAGUCUCAACGCAACGGAGCUCUACGAGUUUCAAGCACCCAUGUUCCUAAUAAGCGCUUUGGAGGAACCAGUUGCUGGGGAAUGCGACAGACAUAUAACCCUGUUCGAUAUUAGCUUAACCCACCAACGACCUGGGGUUGUGUUGUUUCACAAAACUACAACAUAUACUGUCGGCUGCGUGGCAGUUGGUCGGCGAUCAGCGGAUGUCGGUCCUGGGCCCCGAUGUGUUUCAUUGGAAACAGUUAUAGCAACAGCCUCAUCACUUCAGUUGCUGACGCCAAUUCAUCAAAGGGAGAACAGCGACUUGGCGCUUGCCACGGUCCGUCAACGGGAUUCUUCCGGGACCGUUGAAUGUGCCCCCUUGCUUAUUACUAGGAUUGUUUCCAUGUGGCUUACCACGCUGUUUGUGACUAUCAGUCAAUAUCUUUCCACGAAAAACAUGGUCUUGAGACAAGGCAAUCUUGACAAAAGUGAUGAAAACUACUUGUCAGCCACCUCAUGGCAGGGCGUGGCAAACAUCUGCGGAGUGUAA